AGCGGAUGUGUAUCUCUUUAAAUCGCUUACGCCUUUCUUUAUUCAAGCCAAGUAUUCGAACGCAUACAGCAGAUCAAUGCAAAGUUAAGGUUAAAAUAUGGCUGAAGAUUUUAUUACUUCUCCUUCUACUGAUUUAGAUCUCAUUCUUAUUGGUAAAUCUGGAAAUGGAAAAAGUUCAACGGGUAAUUCAAUCCUAAGACAAGCAAAUGUAUUUGAGCCCAGUUACAACAUGGAUUCUGGCACAAAAAUACCACAGUUUGAAUGGAGCGAAUUUGAGGGCAGAACUUUACAAGUCGUUGACUCGCCUGGUGUAAUGGAUACAUGCGAGGAUGAGGCAGAGGGAAUAACUCUGGUACAUGAGGCCUUACAGAACGCUAUGUUAGCGAACCCAAAAGGGUAUCACGCGUUUCUUGUUGUACUUAGGUUCGCCACACGCUUUACACAAGAAGAACAGAAAACUGUCAAAAUCCUUAAAGGAAUUUUAGGCGAGAACUUCCUUAAAGACUACGGUAUUAUUGUAAUGGCAAACGGGGAAACUUUUGAACAAAAUUGUCGAAAAGAUAAAACACUGAACCUCGAAACAUUUUGUGCUGAUCAACGCGGUCCCUUUAAACAUAUCCUAGAAGAAUGUAAUAACAGAAUCGUUGUGUUUAGUAACCUAACGCAAGAUGAGAAUGUGAAGUACAGACAAGUUCAACAGUUAAUCGACAUGGUUGACAAACUGGGAAACGAUGGACGCAGAUACACAAACGAACACUUUAAAAGAGCUGAUGAGUUUUACCAGCAUCUUCUUGUUUCAACAUCGAUACCUCUGUUAAACAAACAAGUUCUAAAGGAACAGAGUUUGAUAAUGCAAGCAAUAAUUGCUAGCGAAAUUUUGCCAGAGCAAAGCGAAAAGAUUGAUUCAUUGGAAAACAUUCUACCAAGACUUGAAAACUUAAUAAAAAGACUUAGAGAGAAAGAUAGGGGAACUGAUAAACUGAAAGAUUUUAUAGCAAAUGCAAACAACACAAAAAAAUUGGUAAAUGCUGGAUUAGAACUGUAUAAAAACACAGGAAGUCAGCAAUUAACGGCGCACACCCUAAGCACUUUGAAUCGACAAGCAACUCAAAUUGAAUGUGAAACGAAAAAUCUGCAUAAAAAUAUGAAAAAAACAUUUUUUGAAAAAGUUGGCGUAUACGUAAAAAAGUUUGGUUACUUUAUAAUUGACUCAGCUAACAUUUUAGCAACUGUUCUUAUGAACUACACUUAACCAAAAGCAACAACUAUUUGCAUAACCUAAUAAUGUUUUUGUUGGUUUAUCUAUUGCUAUAGCUGCAUAUUAAUUUGUAAAUGUCAACAUAAAAAUGUGUUUUAGUGUUAAAAUAUGUCAACAUGUGUAUUUCUUUGCAAUGUUAUAUAAUAUUGCGAUUGUUAAAUAAAUAUUCUAGUUUUCCUUACUUAGAAAUUUUUGUUUUUAUGCCCCAAGUUUGCUGCUUUAAUCUUAGUCUUACAUUUUACUUUACAACGUAUAGGGCUCAGUGUUUUACAUUGUACACACAAUGUUGUCAGUUUUUAUUAUUGUUGACGAAAACCAUUUUUGUCUUGGACAAUUUUAUCUUCGACUAAUCUUUAUUUUCUAAAAGUCAAAGCUUAAAAAUUGAUUUAAUAUUUAAUCUAAAUAGCGUGUUUGCAUCAGCAGAGAGAAUGAAUAUUUUAUGUAGAUUACACCAGGUAGAUACAGACAAAAAAGCACACAUUAAAUAGGACUAAAUAAUAAUUCCACACAUUUAUGAAAUGUGUUUAUAAAAGCAGCCUUUUUAAAAAAAUAAGAACAAAAUGCAAAAUUUAACUUUCCUAAUUAAGUGGUCUAAGCUUUCGGUUUGCCAGAGUUUCGAAAAGACACUUGGCCCGUGAUGCAGCAUUUUGUAUAAUAAUAAGAAUAUGGGAAUAUGACAUGUCGGCACCUUUUACGUGUUUGGUACAGUAAGAAGAAAUGUCUAAGAUGUGUUACCAUGGAAACCCCUUGUGUUUAUGUGUGAAAACGACAAAAAUUAUAGCUAUAA